AUGAUGAAACCACGGAUGACGAUAUUUUUCCCGUUUCUCCUUUUCUGCACACAGAUUCGACAGUUGCAUGCGGUUCGUGGAGCGCCGAUGAUAAAGAAGACGCACACGCUGAAUCAAUUCACCGAAGAGGAAAGCGAUGAGGAGAGAUUGGAUGAGGAGAAUGAGGACUACGAACAAGAGGGUCUCGACAAGGAUAGCAUCUUCCAACAGGGAGAAACCCGCGACUUUCUGCAAUUUCUCCGCAAAAUUCGCUACGAUCAUCGACAGUGCCCGGAGAACGCGAGCGGUGGCCCCGUAAUCGUUCACGUCUCCGUUGUCGUCAGCAACGUGAGAGCUGUGUCUGAGGUGACGAUGGAUUACUCGCUUGAGCUUUUCUAUCGCGAGCAAUGGCGUGACCCACGGCUACAAUACAACAAAGAGAAAUUCAAGAACAAGACCGAGAUCUCUCUGCACGAGUCGUACUCGAAUUUCCUCUGGCAUCCAGACACCUUUGUGCCGAAUGCGAUCGCGUCAAAAAACCCCAGGAAACAAUCCAUGACACAUCGGUCGUUGCUGAGAUUGGACGUUCAGGGUCACAUCUUGUACAGUCGCCGUCUGUCGCUUGUCGUUUCUUGCUCGAUGGAUCUCACGCUAUUCCCGUUCGAUUCACAGCUGUGCAAGCUGGGCAUCGAAAGCUAUGGCUACACAGCGGAUCAAGUGCGCUACGCGUGGUCGAAGGGAUCGAUACAGGCUCUUGAAUUGCAUCGAAUUCGUUUACCUGAUUUCUCGGUUUCGGAGGCUUACGUGACGAGUCAUAUGGAACGAUAUGCAACAGGCGAUUAUUCCCGUCUCUAUGUGUGCUUCGUUUUCACACGUGCUGCUGGGUUUUGCUUUUUGCAGUUAAUCAUCCCGUCAACAGCUGUUGUCAUCACAUCGUGGGUAUCGUUGUGGAUGGAGAAUGAAACCUCGUUUCAGGACAUGAUUUCGAUCAUCUUAACCAUCACUUUCCUUCUCUUUUCCUACAACGAAGUGAUGCCGAGGGUUUCAUAUAUCAAAGCGAUGGAUGUUUAUUUGGGCGUCUGCUUUUGCAUUGUCUUCUUUUCGUUGAUCAAGUUGGCCCUAGUGAAAUACAUGCGACAACGAUUACGAAUUACGAGGGACACAUCGAUAGUGGCCGGGAUGUUGCCGAUGUUGAGACUCGCGAAUGGGCUCUCAGGGCAAACGAUGGAACGCUUGACGACGAGUGCCGCGAGAAACGCUCUUCAAUCAGCCUCCUCGCCAGCCCAGUAUACGGCGUUGCAAAUCGACAAGAAUGGGACGUAUGUGCGACCGGAGAAGAAGAAGAAUACGAUCGAGUUCACUCCACGUUUCAUGCAUCGAUUUCAUUGGAUCACACAGAUGACUUUUUUCUUCGGUUUCGUCAUUUUUUGUUUGUUCUACUUUCUCGUUUAUCCGAAUAUCCACUCGCAAGUAAUCGAUCCACAUUGCGAUCGUUCGAUGGCUGAAUGGUUUGCUGAUAUUCAA